AGCAUGGGUCGAAAGAAAAUUCAAAUAUCACGUAUAAGUGAUGAACGAAAUAGACAGGUGACCUUCACAAAGAGAAAGUUUGGGCUAAUGAAAAAGGCAUAUGAACUAAGUGUAUUAUGUGAUUGUGAAAUUGCUCUCAUCAUAUUCAAUGGUAGUAAUAAGUUAUUUCAAUAUGCCAGUACAGACAUGGAUAAAGUUUUACUUAAAUACACUGAGUAUAACGAACCACAUGAAAGUCGUACCAACAAAGACAUCAUUGAGGUA